AUGACAAUUAUUCAAUUCACAAAGUCUCUGUCAAACGUACGCGUCAAGCAUGCGGUCCUUGUCGAUGUCGUUCAACCAUUCAGUCGCAAAAAGGCUCGUUGCCCUGGUGAGAAACCAAAAUGUUCGCUAUGCCAUCGGCUAGGACAGCAGUGCACAUACGAGUCGCAGGAACCGCCGAAUCGCAUCCGCGGGCGUGGGACAUCCACGAAUAGCGACGGCCUCAAUGUAGAUGGAGGCGAGGUACGUUCUUACCUCAGUCCUCCUGUAGAUCGUUUACCACCGGUCGAUACAUUGGCUGCAGUGAUGAAUGGGUUACCCACCGCCGCCCAUCAGACCCACGCUGAACUAGAUGAAGCACACAGCCUAAGUGAAAUUGCAACAGCGAAAGAGGAUUUGUCAUCAUGCUAUCCGCUAUCCACCUCGUUGAUCCAAACCGAAGUCGAGGUCUAUCUGGACAAGUUUCAUGACCAGCCAUACUGCGUCUUUGCUGAAGACUGGCUUCGGCAGAACGCACGAUGCUUGCCAUCAGAGACCGCCUUCUCUUUGGUCGGCCUUACUCGGCGCCUCACCGUUAACUCGCCAGGCACGCCCGACUGCGAUAUACCGACUGGUAAGUUUUGUGCGGAGCGAGCCUGGAAAAUCCUGUCAGCACAAUACCAGAAUGGCAAGAUGGGUCUCUCUUUCCUACAAGGCACAUUUCUAGUGGCGCAAUUGGAUUUUGCCGGUGGGAAUGCUCACCGUGGAUGUGCAUCUGUUGCCCUUGGUCUGCGGACCCUUCAAUCCUUUGGGUUCAACCAGGGCAGAAAUCUCUCUUCAUUCACCCGGUCUGAGGCAGAGACUAGAAGGCGAAUCACUUGGGCCUUUUUCAUGCUUGAUCGCACUUACAACGCGUCGCGAAACUAUUCCCUGUGCCUUUCAGACAAACACUUCACCUUAUGUUUCCCUUCACCCCCGGAUAAUUCCCCCGCGAUGGCAACACUGCAUGAGAAAUCGAUGCAACAGGGGCACAAUGUCGAUCAAGGCAUCAUGGUGUGUCUCCUUAGACUAUACGAAUUAUGGGGCAAGGCAACGGAGUGGGUGUUCGAGCCCUUCCCAACAAACAUCCUGCCCCCUUGGCAGACCGGAUCGGCACUUGCAAUUCUUGAGUCAGAGUGGAUGCAGUUUGAGACCCAAUUUGCAGACAAUCACCGUUACAUGAACGUUGAUUUCAAGCGACGUGCUCGCCACGAGCCCCUGUCUCGGCCAUAUUUGUCGACUUGGCUUUGUGUGCAGUUUCUUUUCCACUCCAUUCAAUGCCUACUUCAUCACCCCUUCGUCACCAUGGUCAAGCUUCGUCAUCUGAAUGAGAACAUGUCAGCAACCUUUCUGCAGAAGUCGUUCGAGACAUCGUUGCUUCACUCUCGAUGGAUCGCAAGAUUCAUCAAGGAAAUGAAAGAAGUGGAACUGCGUGUCUACGAUCCGUUUUUUGGAUAUCUGGCUGCGAUUGCAGCCACGAUCCAACUUGAGCAUACGGGGAAUAAAAACCCGCAGAUCGCACUCCUUCUCAAUGGAGAAUUUCGAGUUCUUGUUGACUUCAUUACUGAACUAUCGUCUUACUGGGAAAAUAUGGGUGUAUUGGUAUUCCGAAUUAACGAACUAGCUGCUCGACGCAAUCAUCAUGGCUCUCUGUUUUACAAUCAAGACGGGUUCUCGGGAGCCCUGUCGAGCAUGCCGACACCCUCGAACCUGCCUCGAAUGUCCGUUGAUGACGAGGCCUUGAUGUGGGAUAUCUUGGAUUUUGCUUCUUCAUCCAGCCCGCUUGCAGCCACGGAGGCCCCUUCCCCGGCACUGACACGGAAGAAACGGAAGACACCAAAACACCCGACCGGAAGAUCAACGCGCCAAGGCGAUCUCCAUGCACCCGUGGACUUGGAGAGUCCGGGCAGCGCGGCUGCUCCUUCGCACAGUGGCCCAGUUCUCGGCGAACUAGGAUCGCAAUUGGGAAACGAUGAACCAAUUUCCGAGUGGGACUUCCCCGACCGAGCUGGAAGUCAUGCUCCAGGAUUAGGAGUUCCGGAUAUUCCUGAUUGGAUGGUUUUUGGAGACUUUUUGUCUGAACACCUUUGA